AUGAUGGGGGUGCAAAUCAAGCUUUGUGGAGAUGCGAAGAUUAAUGGCUAUACAGUUAUCUUCGUUCAUCAAGAAAACUCUCUUUGUAUCACAGCCAUUAAAAACGGCUUGUGGCAUGCAGUAGUUGAUUGUGUGAAACUUGAUGAGUUUUGUGACCUCGUCAAGCAAACGCGUAACCAAUAUACACAGAAUCUCUCAGAGUCUUUUAGUUCUUCCGACCCAUCUAGCUACUUUAAUUUAAGAGAAGAAGGGGUGAAUUUAAAUUUCGUAUGGUCCAAAGAAAUUAAGAAAGGCAUUAAAAUCAUCUUCGGAUCUUUUUACUUACAACCUUCAUAUAAUCCAUUAGAAUCACUCUGCGAAUUAACGAGUCUAAUCACCAAUAGCCUCAAAGAAUCGAUUUUAUGCUGCAGUAAUUUCGAGAGAGAAAACGAGAAGCUAAAGUCUUUGGCUGAUAUGUCCGUAAAGAAAUAUGAAGAAGUGGUUUCUCAGAUAGAUGACAAAGAAAUUGUUCUGCUCUCGAAGUUUUCAGCUGUUCUGAAUGAAAAGAAAAGAAAGUUAGAAAGCUAUAAAUGUUCAACUUAUGCUCCAAGUGAAGUUGACAAAACAUCAGAUAAAUCGUCAUUGCAAGAGGAUUCGGAUGAUUUAAUACCUUCCAAGAACCGCAGAAAAUCAAAACCUGUCAUUGGUCGUCGUAACUGAUUGCUAAAGUAAGAUUACCAUUUACAAGCGUUACGUUCACUGGUUCACGACUCUCAAGAUCAAGCAGCACUAUUACAGUGUUUCAGUAAUUGUGAGUGUAGUAGUAUUGAGGUUCACCUUGAAGAACUUCAAUGUAUCCUCUGCAAUUUCCUCCCAGUCAAUAGGUUGUAUUUACUUAUUAACUGCCGCGCAAAGUUCUAGAUGUA